AUGGCAAAAAAAGCUAGAAAAGAUUUUGCAAAUACAAAAUUCUAUCUAGCCAAAAAUCACUUUCCGAAUGACAAUAUGCUUGUCGACGAAUCAAGCAAUCCUCACGAAAAUAAACGAUUAAAAGUCACAACGGCAUGCGAUACUUGCCGUCAGCGAAAAGCUAAAUGUGACGGUGGUUCUCCCUGUGCUAAUUGCGAAAGAGAAGGAUAUCAAUGCACUUUUCCUGAUGCUUCAACAAAACGACCUAGAGGACCACCUAAAGGAUUCCUUGUGGAUAUAGGAGAAAAACUACAGUCCAUAGAAUCUUUGGUUAAGGAACUAAAACAAGAACAAACAAACAAGGAGACGGGUAAUCGUCGAAAAUAUAAUAACACUAACUAUACACCUAACACUCCACCAGUUGAUGGGAAUUCUCUAUUAGAACCACAAGAGUCUUUUGGCGAUGACCUCGGUAGCGAUGACGAAGAGGAUGUUCAAAAGAAUUUAACAGAUUUCACUGACAAUAAUUAUCAGGAUAGCACUCUACCACAUCAGCCUGGCUCAUACUCAGAGCCAGAGAUACCAAGUUCUUUACCACAAAUUACUCCUCCGCCACAAGAUAUCGUGAAUCAACUCUUGGAAAAGUUUUUCACGCAUUUUUAUCCGUGCUUUCCGAUAAUAGAUCGAACACAACUUUGCCAGCAAUUGCAAAGUACUGACAAUCAGCCAUCACCGUUACUCAUGAAUGCUAUUUACGCUGUUGGCGCCUCAUAUCCACCAAUAUUACAGGACUCUUAUAAUCCAACGACAUUCUAUGAACUUGCAAAAAAUUUAUUGGAUUAUUUCCUCGAUGCGCCAAGGCUAUCUACAGUGCAAGCCUUGAUCUUACUAUGCAUGGUUGAUCAAGGAAAAACAUCGUCUUAUCGACCGCAAUCUUAUUCUUUCAUGGCUAUUCACAUGGCUCAAAAUAUGAGACUUAAUCGAAAAAACGGUGCUAUCUAUCAGAGCAAUAAUAAACAUACCAAGAAAUUA